AUGCUUCACACGCCGCCAACAACUCGGCGUGCGGCUUUGCAACAGCGAAAAACCGGCACCGCCAUGUUGGGACGCGACGGCGAGCACGUGGCCGCCGAUUGCGAAAAAGUGCACAGCGUGAAAUCUGAACCUGUGCAACAAAUUGGCUACGUGAAAAACAAGAAAACUGCUUCCUGUGACACCAAAUCGCGCAGCAAGGAUUCACACAAGUCGUCGGCCAAGCGAAAACAACUGAUUUUAGAGGCCGCCAAGGAAAAGGCAAAGAUAAAAAUGGAGCUAAUAGAUAAAGCUCUAGAGGCAAAAUUGGCGGCACUCAGCGACGAGGAAGACCUAGAAGUAUACAGUCCACACACGUCGCUCAUCGAUGGAGAUGAACUUCCUCGUCACAUAGAACAGUGGGUGGAACAUCAGAGCACACAUAUUGAACCUGAAGAGCAGCAUGGCGUCACCACGUGCGAGCGGUGCCCCCCUGGCCCGGCGUCGCACGCCACAUGUCCGCCGGCGCACGUCGCCGCCGCCGUCGUCGCCGCCGCCGCCACCGCUAUCCCGGCGUCGCACGACACGUGCCCGCCGGCGCACGCCGUCGCCGCCGCCGCCGCUGUCCCGGCGCACCCUGCGCUCGACAGCACCCUCGCGACGCUCAAUAGUACGGUUCACCUUUUGGCGAGUGCUCUCCAGCAACUUUCCACCACUGCCAGUGCCAAUACUGUGCCCAAUGCCAGUUUGCUCAGCCGCAUCAGUACCCCUAAAGACCUACCUGAAUUCUCGGGUGACCUGCUGGAGUGGCUGCAAUUCAAGCAGGCCUACGAAGAGUCGUCAGCUGUUUGUAAUUUCACUGAAAAAGAAAAUCUGUGGAGGCUACGAAAGUGUUUACGGGGCGCCGCCAAGGAAGCUGUCUCCGCCCUGUUCAUCAGCGCCACAACACCGGAUAAAGUGAUGGCCACCUUAGAGCUACGGUUUGGAAACCCAGAGGCCAUUAUUUCUCGCAUCCUACAAGACCUGAAUAAGCUGCAGCCGCUACAAAUGGAUUAUCAUAAAGACAUAGUCGCAUUCGCCGUCAAGGUCCAGAGCUUCGUGGAGGCGGUCAGAGCGGUGGGCCGAGAGGAAUACCUGCGAGGCUUCAGUAUCGUCAACACAAUCCUGAACAAGUUACCUACCGUGCUGAUCGCCAAAUGGGCAGAUUAUAGUUACAACAUCAUCACGGACGGACAGGAACCGAGAUUGGUAAUUCUAUCUGAGUUCUUACACAAAGAAGCCGUAAAGAUAUCCGCAACCUGUCAAACGUCAAUACGACCUGAUCAUCAAAAACCUACACGUUCACACACUGUGUUAGUUCAAGCCGAAGAAAGCGAAUCUAUGUGUCAGUUCUGCAAAAAGUCUACGCAUAAAUUGACUGACUGCAAGCAAUUCAAAAAGGCCCUACGCAAAACACGAUGGCAAUACAUAAAAAGAAAUGGCUUGUGCUUCAAAUGUUUACUAAGUAAACACGAACGUGAUACGUGCAAGGCGCCUGUGUGCGACAGAGACGGCUGCGGGCAAGCGCACCACUGGUUGUUGCAUUACAACAACAACAACAACAACGCAUCCAACACCGAGCGCCGGCCUACAACAGCUGAGCAGUCGCCGGCCGCGGCAUCGAGUACGCGCGCACCGACUAGUGCGACGACGAACGUUCAAGACCAACGGAGUUCGGCAAUUACGUCUGUGCCACCUGAGACUCUAACGUUCAUUAACGCGAGUGAUCGAGUGCUGUUAAAAGUAGUGUCAGUGCGCGUUUCCGGGCCUAACGGUGCUGUGGACAGUACGGCGUUGUUGGACGAUGGCUCGUCGGUGUCGCUCAUGAGCGCCUCCCUGGCGGCCCGCGUCGGCCUCCGAGGCCGCAGGUGCGCGAUGCGUGUGCGGGGCGCAUUCGGCGAUAGUGAACUGCAAUGUGACUCGACGGUUGUGAAUGUGGACCUUACGGGUAUGGACAAUAAGGUACAUAAUAUAAGGAUGCGCUGUGUUGACGAGUUAAAUUUACCUUUACAAACCUUGUCUAUUUUGAAUUGUGUAAAUUAUUCUCACUUGAAAGAUAUAAAAGAUAAACUGUGUAAGUCUGACUUGAAACCUGAAUUAUUAAUAGGACAGGACAAUCAUCAUUUGUUGUUACCUUCUCAAAUUAAGUUAGGUAAAUUAAACGAGCCGUCCGCUACUCUUACCCCCCUGGGCUGGUGUGUACAUGGUAGAAUGUGUUUGACCCGGGCCCCCGGCCACCGUCGUCGUCCCGCCGCCGCCGACGCCGAGACUAACCUAUUUAUUUCAGAGAGCGAUGAGGCGAGCGUCCUGCGGGAGCUGCACGAGGAGGUCCGGCGGUCUUUUAUUUUAGAUUCUGUAGGAGUGUCGUGCAGGCCGCGCCAGAACGCCGAGGAGGUCCGCGCCGUCGCGCUGCUGGAGGAGUCCGCGUCGCUGCGGGCCGGCCGCUGGCGCGUGCGCCUGCCGUGCCUGCCCGACGCCUACCCCGCCGCGCUCACCAGGAUGAAGGGUAUCGAGAGGAAGAUGUGUAAGGACCCAGGGUUCGCUAAAAGGUAUGAGGAACGAGUGAAUCAUUUAUUAGAGAACGACUACGCCAGUGAGCUGAUGGACCCCGCGACCACCACUGAUAGGACGUGGUACUUACCUCACUUCGGGGUCGACAACCCCAACAAAGGGAAACUCCGCCUGGUCUUCGACGCCGCCUGCAAAGUAAACGGUAACUCGCUUAAUGACUACUUACUUACCGGGCCGGACCUGCUAUCAUCGCUGCUGGGUAUUAUACUGCGCUUUAGAGAGAACUCCAUCGCAGUAACAGGUGAUAUCAGGGACAUGUUUUUGAGGAUUAAAAUUCACGCCGAGGAUCAGGAUGCUCUCAGGUUCUUGUGGAGGGACAGUCCCACAGAACCUAUGAAAACGUAUGUAAUGACGUCACUCAUUUUUGGCGCCAACUGUUCGCCAUUUAUAGCUCAGUUUAUAAAAAACAAAAACGCGCUGCGGCUCGCUUCGCAGUACCCGGCCGCUGCUAUCGAUGCAAUUUGUAAGUCACACUACAUGGAUGACUAUAUUGAUAGCAUAGACGACGAGGCGUCAGCGGUCGAAAUGGUAAAAAAUGUAUCUGACAUCCACAGGGCCGGCGGCUUUGAAAUAAGAAACUGGACGAGCAACAGCGUCGCCGUCUUGAAUAGCGUGCCAAAAGAGACCCUAGGCUCAGCUGCAGUUAAGUUCAAAGUCGGCCAGCAACACGAGAGUGAACGAACUUUAGGUAUGAUGUGGUAUCCCGCGGACGACACGUUAGGUUUUGAUUUGUCACUAAAGCGGAUCCCGGAAUGUAUUAUUGAAGGAACCGAACGCCCGACGAAGCGUUUAAUGCUAAAGCAAAACAUCGGUGACGGCGGCGAGCGACGGAGAAGCGGCAUCGAUACCUGCGAGUGCGAGCGAGAUGGAGGACGCGCCGAUCGACUCCACUGCUACGACACAGGCUACGGUAAUACCUGUCCCGGUGACGUCAUCGCUCCCCGCGCCCGCGCCACAUACUGCUACGAGCGCCAAAGGCUUCGUAGCAGAGACUACGAGCCGCGGCCGCGCUACGACAGCAGCCGCAUCCGAUUAUACUAA